GGGCUGGUCCCUCCGCGGUGUGCAGUGUACUCAGUGUCAGUCCGUCCGUCCAAUCGCCUCACUGCACCGUCUUGUGUCCCCUUGCAAUACACGCCGUGUAUCGCCUCUAACACACGCACUAUGAUACCUCCAAGCCACACUAUGAGCAAGGUUGCGGCAAGAAACAAUGGCUGUAGACGGUGGUGUCUACGGACGUAAUUGCGAAUAUGGUAGCCGUUGGUCCUGGGGUGGACCGCGGCAAAGCAACCACUAGCUUACCGGACGGGACUCAGUGGUGGUGUAAACAAUGAAUUAAUAGUGACACAUUUGCUGUGCUAUUUCCAGUGUGGUCGUGGGCAUGGCUUGCCCCCUGGGUUGCACACAGUGCUCAGAAAUCAAUGGGUGCUUGGCCUGUAAGCCACCUUUCUUCCUGCUGCUCAACCGGGAGGGCACCAGACAGACGGCUUUCUGCACCAGAGCUUGUCCCAGAGGGUUUUACAAACUCAAGAAAAAAAGGGAAAAUGGUUUCUGUGCCAAGUGCACCAUGAGAGGGUGUGUGGAGUGCCUCGGGGUUCACUACUGCUCAGUGUGUCAAAAGGACUUCACCAAUUUCUUCGGGAAGUGCAUCACUCAACCUCCAGAAAAUGAACUUGAGGAGCUGGAGGGAAUCUUCGUCACACGGCCGCCCUUGGCCUUCCCGACGUCCAAUGGCGCCACCACCAUCAGCAGGCUGGAGCCAACGGCUUCCAUCCUUUCAACCUCCCCUCUUCCCACGGGGGCAGAAACUACUAACUCAACGACCCCCAUCAGGUCCACGACGCCUGCCACCAGCACUACUUUGUCUCCUGCUUCUGUUGUCACCGUGACUUCGUCGGUGAUAGCCUCAGCAACAGCGGCUCCUGAAGGAAGAGAUGCGGAGACCAUACAAAAGGGCGUUUUCAUCCCUCUGUUUGCCACUCUUUCCCCAGCCGACAGAUCACAUACCCCAUCUACGCCUUCGUACAACUACGAUUCAAGACCUUGUCGAAGAAAACUAAAUAGAGGAAAAGGAAAACGAAGACGUAAGAAAGGCAGGAAGAAUAGGAAGGGUAACAAAGAAAGGCGAAGAGGAAAUAUAAACAGAAGAAAAAACUGCGAGAACAGUCAAAGAAGCGAAAGCAAAGGUCAUAGAAAGCGAAAUUUGCGUCGAGGCAGACACAGAGGUAACAGAAGAGGCUGCAGGUCGCGGAAACAGAGAAAAUGCAGAGACUCUGUUGUUGACAAGAACAGUGAAGGAAGAGAAGGCGAAACCACAGUGGCUGUGAGUGAGGAACGAUCCAUAACGACGACAGAAAACAAGCAUAAACACUCUGAAAAUAUGAUUUGUACGGAAAACAGGAGAAGGUGA